UUUGGAUUUAAGUGAAUAUUUAUUAUCAGGAUCAACAUAGUGAUUUCAGAUUGAGGACACCUACCUUCAAUUACAUGACGAACGUGCGAGUGUACAUGGAAUCUGUCCAGCAAAUGUGUUCAGAAUUAAAGAACACUGCCAUUGGCCGUGGUUUUAAGAAAGAGUUGUCGCCACAUCCCGUAUUUUCAGUGUGGAUGCGUGAUCCUUCAUUAAAAGUUACCUGCAGAAUAUUUGUGAGAGCGUGUACCUCAAUCCGGAUAUCUGCACCAAGUACGUAUAAAUUAAAGAGACUGAUAUAUGGAUGUUUUGUAAGUGUUUUGUUUGUGUAUAUAUUUUGUGUGAUCGGAUAUAUCAUCCCAACGGUAUCUCCAUCGGUCACACCAAUAACGGCUUUAGAUUUUAGAUGCGGUAACGACGUACCAGUUACCCAUGACGCAACUAAGAACCAAUUGUUAACAUUUUACGGUCAUAAAGAACUCUUAAAUAAUCCCGAUGUCUUUAGACCGAGCGAGCGACUCUUGACUCCGCUGGAUUUUAAUUUUUCUCUCAAUAGUCCUGACGCAUGUCAUUUGGGCAGCAAACCCACAGUUGUGAUUAUGGUGUUAACGCAACAUGAACAUUUGCUGGAAAGAACAGCUAUAAGAGAAACAUGGGGUAGCGUUGCCAAAAACAAGCCCUGGCCAGGCAGAAGGCUUCACGGCGAGGUCCGAAUGAUAUUUUUAUUAGGGAAAUCCACGAAUUCAACGCUGAAUUCGCGAGUGCGGGAUGAGGCAAAGGUCACCAAAGAUAUUGUACAAGCUGAUUUCCAAGAAUCGUACUACAACCUCACGCUUAAGGUACUGAUGGGUUUCAAAUGGGUGAAAACAUUUUGCCCUGAAACACAGUUUGUUAUGAAAAUAGAUGAAGAUACUUUUAUAGAUGUUCCACGUAUAUUGAAUUUGUUGGUUUCUCUCGAAUGGUCUAAUACCAUUUAUGGACCUUUCGCUUUUGCGGAAAGAGUCGUGCGCGGGAAUAAAGGAAGUAAAGCAUCCAAGACUGCUGUACGUAUGAGUGCCUAUCCUUUAGACUGGUAUCCACCCCAUGUAAAAGGCAACAUGUAUAUAAUGCCAAGUGACCUAGCAAUAAAAAUAUUAAAUGUGUCACAAUAUUUUCCCUAUAUGAACAUAGAGGACUCACAUAUUACGGGAGUUUUGGCCAAGGUUUUCGACGCCCGUCACGUAGAUAUCCCGGAAGAAUUUUACGAUAAACACCCCACGAAGGACCUAAAUUUGUGUGAUUUUGUGCUGGAAAGAAAAAUUAUGACCCAGGGUACAUAUCCAGCUCUAGCUUACAGUUUUUGGCACCGUAUUCAAAAUACCCAGUUAUGUGGCAUAAUAUCAGUCGAAAACAUUUUAAAAGACUUUAGCCGUCAAAAAGAAAUAGUUCAGAACAUGUUUUUGAAAAGACAAUUUAGAAAUAAAGAAACAUUCACCGUGAAAGACGUAUUGACAGAAGUGCAAAAGAAUUCAAACCAAACGAUAGAAGGGGUAUCAGCAUGGAGAAGUGUUUAAAGCAACGUUGUUUAUUAAUUACAUUCAUUGGUGACAAUGAUAAUUAUUUAUUUUAAGCCUUAAACACAAUCGUGUUAAAUGGAAGAAAUGAUCUAUAAUGGUUAUUUUUUUAUCAUUUAUUUGUUAAAUGUAAAGCAUGAAAUUAGUGCGAACGGUUUUUAAUAUCUGAUUGUUCAGGUAUUUGUGAUGUAUAAUUUUUUCAUCGAUUUACAAGUUAGUUCUGUCUUAAUGUCUUUUACAAUGUGUUCUGUAUAGCUAUAUCAUUUCAGGACUAACAUAUAUUCUUUCGCAAGACAAUGUUUUAGAUUCUUCUUAUGUUACUCGAAUUCAUAAUGUCAUUUUAGCUUUAGUUCUAUAACAGCCCAUAUCUAUAGAAUAAGACGCAGGCCCGCUAACCUGGAGGUCUUGAGUUCACUUGCGGUGUUGGCCGCUGUCCGGGCAAAAUGCCCCACAUAGCACACAGUAUAUUUCGGUAUAAUGCUAUGCAUGUCAUACUAUCAAUAUGGGACAUAAAUGAAAUGAAAUGAAAUGAAAUGGGGUUUAACGUCCUACUGUUCUGCUCCUAACCUGGGCUAAUGAAGACGGGCAUACGCCAUACAGUGUGCUAUGAGGGAAAUUUUGCCCGGACAGCGGCACUAUCACCUACUCUUAUAUCGAAUUCCAACUGCCAAGGGAUCUUUUACGUGCAUUCCAAUGUAUACACGGGACCUCGGUUUUUCGUCUCAUCCGAAGGACUAGACAGCUGUCCUUGUCAGGCCCUCCGUCCUGCAUCACUGACAAGGGGGACCCACGCCGGAAAAUCUGGAUGAACUUUCUCGGCCAAUGCAGGGAUCGAACACCCGACCUCCAGGCUAGCGAGCCAGCGCCUUACCCACUUAGCCACGCGGUCCCCUUCAAUAUGGGACAGUAUUUGGCAGGAUCCAAAUAGAUUUACCUUACUUUAACGCCCUGUUUUCAUUAGCCCAGUCGGAGCAGAACAAUAAGACGUUAAACUCCAUUUCAUUUCAUUUCACAUUAAGGUAUUUAUGUGUUAUUUGUCAUUUUAUGUCAGCCAGUUUGUUUGUUGUGUUUUCGUUCAUUCCAGUUCAACAUUCUAUAUAAAAGUCGUAUUCCACCAUAUUAUUCUCAAAUUGUUUCCUGAUAUCUCUUUCAUAUGUGUUUAUAUGUAUAAAUAUUUUGUAUACUCUAUUUUAUAGAUUGUUUUCCUAAAUGAUCGUAAUAAAAGAUUC